GAGAGGGAUUUCCCAGUCGAACUGGCUAAUAACUCUGGCCAAAAAUGAAAGCCCGCUUCCGGCGACCGCGCAGAUAAGGAAAGUAAACUGUAACCGUCCGAUCAAAAUUGAAAGUCUUACCCAGGCCAUCAUCAAUCUUCCGCUUAUAUUACCGUUAAGGCGCUCCUCCUUUUUCCCCCAUUCCCUAUUCAAACCCACGCUCUCUGAUUGCCAUUUAGCAAACAAACUAAACCAAGAAAGCGAAAGAAAGCGAAACCCUUCUCGGAAAAUGUCGACGAUGAAGUUCAAUCGCAAGCCGCCGCUCGCCAAAUCGCCGAUCCGCCUCCGCUCCCGCCGCGCCCUCCACUCAAACUCCGCCUCCUUGCAGACUCCGCCUGGUUCGUUGAUGAAAUCGGCAAAACUGAGCCGCGGACUGGCCACUGAUGUCGACGUCGGCGGUACGGAACUCCGGCCGGAGUACCGGUUCAUGUCCUCAGAGCUGCGUGCUCUGGCGAAGCAGGUCCGCGACGAGCUCGGUAACGGAGAUCUGGCUGCCAAACCGAAAUCCGUCGGCGGGAGCUUGAGCGCGAAUUCGAGUCCCCUGUUUUUCGAGAGGGGGAAACUGUACGACGAGUACGCCGCCAGGAGGAACGAGCGGCUGCGGAAGAAGAAGAUCUGCGGCGCCGCAUACGAUUUCGCCAAGACGCCGUCGUACAGGCUGGGAGUGACGGUAGAGUCGUCGAAGAGGAGGGAUUCCACGAGGAAGAUGGAGAGCUUGAGGAAGUCCGUGGCAUCGGCUUACGGCGGCGGCCAGAGGCUGGUCGGUGGGGAGACUCCGAGGUACUUGUUGAGGAGUAUGUGUAAAGACAGCAAGAAGCCGCCGCCGGCUCCUCUGGCGAUGAACUUCGAGAGAUCUGCUCUUCCAAGCGAACGGAAUAUUGGAGUCCGGAGAUCGGUCAGGAGGGUCUGAAUUCUGAUUGUUCUUUUGGUUGGUUGUGUUACCAUUUCUGUUUGGUAUCAUUUUAGGGGGAAACAGCGGAUUUCUUUCCUUUCUGUGAAUAGUCUGCUUCUUUAAGACAUUCAUCAGUGAAUCUCAUCUUCAAUGUUUUCCACACGUAUUGUACCUUUCUAAAGCUUUUCCAUCUCCCUUCAUCUUCCCCUGUUUGUAAUGUACAAGUUUGUACCAUGGUAGUUCGGGGUGUAGUUCGAGCCACGUAUUAAGAUUAGCAGUUCGUAUCAAGCUCGCGUAUCAAGAUUAGCAGUUCAUAUGUGCGUAUGGGAACAUACUCAUAGGAAGUUAAUGAAUGAUCACACUAUAUAUUGAGAAUGAUUCCC